CACCGAAAAACUUUCAGACACUGAGCCAGUCGAGAGAUGAAAAGGUGAAGUAAAGAGUGUUGGGAAACAUAAAUUGUGCGAAAUUCCUGCGGAAAAGCGAACGUGUGCCCAAAGACGCGGUGUUUCUAUAAUCCUCUUACCAUUCUCUCUUUGCAAAGCAAAACCCACAUUGGCGGUUCUUUAUCACACGCUGCUAAUGCUAACCUGCGCCCUAAUCCAGCUUAACGUACGCACCCGUGUCACUCUAUGUUACUGGGUUUAUUCAUUUCUUGAUCAAUGAGUCUUCAAGCGUUGCAAAUAGGGGUCAAGUCUUUCAUUAAUCUCUCCAGUUUUGCAGCUAGGCCAAGGAGCUUGAAGAUUGGACAACUAGGUUCUUUGAGAUUAAGGGUGAUGAGUUCUAAACGAGGUGUCUCGAGUUCAAUCAAAUCUGCUGCUGCUUCAAUUGUUGAUGAUAAGAAAGAUAGUAAACUUAAGGGGAUGAGUGGUGAUUGUAGUGAGGAUGUUUUAAUCGAGGAAAGUUGCUGGAAAGUCCAGUCAGUUGAAUUUCAAAGUAUCAAGGAAGAUCCAGCAAAAAUAGAAGCGAUGACAGUUCAGGAACUUAGAGCAACAUUGAGGAAAUUUGGAGUCCCUGCCAAAGGUCGUAAAGGUGACCUUGUAUUUGCUUUAAAGCAUUUCAUGGGCAAGCAGAUAGAUGGUGAAAGCUCUCAGGAAUUAGAAGAGCGUGUUUCCUUUAAUUCUCUGGAAAAUAUUUCACUGCAAAAGAAUACUAAACGUACAUCUGAUGAGAGCAGCGUUGUAAGCAUUAACACUGUUUCAGAGGUUUCUGGGUUUAAACAGAGCAAGAGAAGGAUGAAACAAUCCUAUGUUGAGGAUGAAAUUGUCAAAGUUGAUACUGAAAUAGUCACUUCAAAGAGGAAGCUUUCAAUUAAAACUGAUGAUCUUGUUACUUUGCCUCAAGCUGAACCCUGGACAGUUCUUUCACAUAAGAAGCCACAGAAAGGGUGGAUUCCGUAUAACCCCAGAACCAUGAGGCCUGCACCUCUCACUGAUGGAAACUCGGUGAAGCUAAUGUCUUGGAAUGUCAAUGGGUUAAGAGCAUUAUUGAAGUUUGAGGGAUUCUCUGCCCUUGAACUUGCCCAAAGGGAAAACUUUGACGUGUUGUGCUUGCAAGAGACCAAACUGCAGGAGAAGGAUGUUGAUUCCAUCAAACAAUGUCUGAUAGAUGGUUAUGAGAAUAGCUUCUGGACAUGUAGCAAUGCUAAACUUGGUUAUUCUGGGACUGCAAUUGUCUCUCGGAUAAAGCCCCUUUCUGUCUGCUAUGGUCUAGGCAUCCCAGACCAUGAUUGUGAGGGACGUGUUGUGACAGCAGAGUUUGAUUCAUUUUAUUUAGUAAAUACUUAUGUUCCUAACGCUGGAGAUGGCUUGAAAAGACUGUCGUACAGGAUUACACAAUGGGAUCCAUCUCUUAGCAAUUACAUGAAAGAGCUUGAAAAGUCAAAGCCUGUCAUUUUGACUGGUGAUCUGAAUUGUGCUCACCAGGAGAUAGAUAUUUACAAUCCUGCAGGAAAUAAAAGAAGCGCUGGGUUUACAGAAGAAGAAAGGCAAUCAUUUGGGUCAAGUUUUUUAUCGAAGGGACUUGUGGAUACCUUCAGAAAACAGCACCCUAAUGUUGUUGGGUAUACCUACUGGGGUUAUCGACAUGGUGGACGUAAAGCUAACAAAGGAUGGCGGCUUGACUAUUUUCUUGUGUCAGAAUCCAUAGCAGACAAUGUUCAUGACUCCUACAUUGUCCCUGAUGUUAACGGGAGUGAUCACUGUCCUAUUGGCCUUGUUCUCAAGGUUUAGUUUUGCAAGAACCAUAUCUUGCAUCAAAAUACAAGAAGGAUUAGUUUGUCUUGGCAAGCAACUCCAAAUGACGACGCAAUUAGAUGGUGAUCAGAGGCAAAUCUGUUGUAUUUAUGCUUUUUGUCUUUUGGUUGGUGCCGAAAACAUAAUUCUGUCAGCACUGAAGUCUUGUAUAGGGAAUUUAUAAGCAGGUGAGAUCUGAAGGCCACUGCAACUUUGAAAUUAUGAUCAAUUAUUGAAACUUAGGCUUUUUAAUUAUCAUUCACACGUUUUAUUUUUU